AUGUCCCUCCCACUCCUCACAGCCCAAUACUACCAACAAUUAGAGCCCCCCCUUCUCACCCUUCCCGAUGACCGUACCCUUCUCGACCCCACCACCCAAGAAACCAUCUACCGCACGCUCUUCGCCGAACCCAGCUCCAGACCCCUCCCCCCACCAGCAUAUCGCACGCGCGUUCUCAAACGACUCAUCACGAGACUAGAAUCCCUACUCUCCAACCCCGAGGAGGAUGAAAUCUCCGACAACCUACUAGAGACUUACAGCACACUCCUCUGCACCCCCAAGCCAUCCUCAAUUGAACAAGCCCAACAAUUGACCUAUAUCACUUACACCGCGCCAACACUCACCGGCAAUCAAGUUGAAGGAUGUGAAGUACCAGAAGCAAGAACAAUCCUCACUUCCGAAUCCCGCAAUGCGAUCCUCACCGCGGGCACCACCGGCCACCGGACAUGGGAAGCCGCGCUCCACCUAGCUACAUAUCUCUCCGCUACACCGGAAGGAACGGCACAUAUUGCUGGGAAACGGGUAUUAGAGCUAGGCGCGGGGACGGGUCUAGUGUCGAUGCUCUGUGCGAAGUAUCUCGAGGCGGAAAUGGUGGUUGCGACGGAUCGGGAGGUGGGGCUGAUGCGGCAGAUUGAGGAUUGUGCGGAGCGGAAUCAACUGGAGAAGGAGAAGUUUAGAGGGAGGAUUUGUGAGUGGGGAAGGGAUUUGGAGACUUGUCCCCAGAAUGAGGACGAUGAUGGUGAGGCAAAGGACGACUGGAUGACGGGAAAGGUGGAGUUUGAUGUUGCCCUCGGGGCGGAUUUGAUCUACGACGUCGACCUCGUCCCUCUGCUCGUCCAGACCGUCAAAGACCUCUUUGAGAACUACCGCGUCAAGGAAUUCCUCAUCUCCGCAACAUUACGCAAUGAACAUACCUUCGGCACGUUUUUGAAGGCUUGUGAGGAUCAACGUCUAACCGUAGAACGUAUCCCGUUUGAAUCGCCCGCGGAAUCAGAGCAGACGGGCUUCUUUCAUUCGACGAUGAUUCCGAUCCGGACGUAUCGGAUCUCGUACCCUGAUUCUACUUCUGCUUCUUCAUAGACAUGAAUCUCCUUUAAUGAAAAAAGUAAAUGAUCGC